AUGGAUGGCAAGAUGAGAAGCACGGCGGGCCAGGUCAUGGCGGAGAUAGAGGCGCACAAGCCGGCGGGGAACAGCAUAGUGGUAGGCGGCCUAAGCCCGCUGAGCGAGACCCUUUGGAAGGACAGGGCCAACACGGAGUUCAUCGGCGACGUCUCAGCCAGACUGACAUGGAAGGACCUUACGGUCACGGUGACUCUCCCCAAAGGGGAGACGCAGCGCGUCUUGGAAGGCCUCACCGGCUACGCCGAGCCCGGUUCCCUCAUGGCGCUGAUGGGACCCUCCGGCUCCGGCAAGUCGACCCUCCUUGACGCUCUCGCCGGCCGCCUCGCUACCAACGCCUUCCUCUCCGGGAGCAUCCUCUUGAACGGUCGCAAGACCAAGCUCUCGUUCGGGACUGCGGUAAAAACUUUGUUCUGCUCCGUUUCAUCUACUUCUCUCACUUCUCUUCUUGAAGCCACUUCGUCCUCGUUCCUAGGACAUUCUGCAACUCUUUCCCCCGAUGCCUUCAAUUUAGAUGUUCGUCUCAGUCAUAGAUCUAACGGAUUUCGUAAGCUGACGUCUUUCUACUGCUCUCCCUCGCUCGCUCUCUCUCUCUCUCUCUCUCUCUCUCUCUCUCUCUCGCGCUAUCAGGCGUACGUGACUCAGGAUGAUAACCUAAUCGGGACCCUGACGGUGAGGGAGACCAUCCUCUACUCAGCCGGGCUCCGGCUGCCGGACAACAUGCCGUGGAAGGAUAAGAGAGAUCUGGUUGAUAGCACUAUCAACGAGAUGGGUCUCCAGGACUGUGCCGACACGGUGAUCGGGAACUGGCACUUGCGCGGCAUCAGCGGUGGGGAGAAAAGGCGGGUCAGCAUUGCUAUCGAGAUCCUCAUGAGACCCAGGCUCCUCUUCCUCGACGAGCCCACCAGCGGUCUCGACAGGUACAGCUAUCCCUCCACGAUCCUCUUUCUAGGGAUGCCCCCCCCCCCCCUUCUGCUUCUCGCCAAGAGGAGAGAGGGAGCGUAGGAGACCAAAAGCAUGUCCUAUUCGGAGAACUUUUCGAAUACUCUAUCGCCUUCUCAUCUGUUUUUUGAGGUCAAACCAGCUGACUUCUGAUCCGGGUUCUACUGGAUCGAUAUCCCCUUUUGUUGCCUUCCUGGAUUCGGAUUUUAUCUUGUUUUCUUCCUCAGAUCGCCUCCCCUCCCUCUACCAAAUAGAUAAAGAGCACUCCCCUAAAAAACGCCGGGUUUCCCUCUACAGUGCUUCGGCGUUCUUCGUGACUCAGACGCUGAGAGGGCUCUCGCGAGACGGGAGGACCGUCAUCGCCUCGAUUCACCAGCCAAGCAGUGAGGUCUUCGAGCUGUUCGAUCGCCUCUACUUGCUUUCCGGCGGGAAGGCCGUCUACUUCGGCAAGACUUCAGACGCAUGCGAGGUGAGGCGAGGAAACCUACCGAUGGAUUGUAAGAAUUCUUCUGGUUAUCUCACCCUUCGAUGUUCAGAGUUUUCUGACCGCCCCGCCCGUCUCCAUUUGCUCGCAGUUCUUCGCACAGACUGGAUUCCCUUGCCCGGCUCUGAGAAACCCGUCGGAUCAUUACCUGAGGUGCAUAAACUCCGAUUUCGACAAGGUGAAGGCUACUCUCAAGGGAUCCAUGAAGCUCCGGGUAUGAUAAAUUCCCCCCUGGUUAUAUUCUCGUUUCAUUACACAAUAUUGGGAUGUUCUGAUCCGGUUUCUAAUGCCGUAUUCCUGGUUUGCGUCUUCCAGUUCGAAAGCACUGAUGAUCCUCUGGACAAGGUGACGGCAGCGGAAGCUACCCGUCGUCUGAUCGAAUCUUACAAGUCCUCCGAAUAUUUCGGUGACGCGUUUGCGCGAGUCGAGGAUAUUUCGAAAGGCGUACGUGCUCUUUCCAUCUUCCCUCUUCGGUGUGAACUCGUCGGAGAUGAUUGUUCACAGUGGAUUGACGGGGAGCUCCUCUGAACAUGCAGAAGGGGACGGUGCUGGACGCGGGUGGCAGCCAGGCCAGUUUCUUGAUGCAGACCUUAACCCUGACCAAGCGCUCCUUUAUCAACAUGUCGAGGGACUUCGGAUAUUACUGGCUGAGGCUCCUUAUCUACAUCGUCGUCACCAUCUGCAUCGGAACCAUCUAUUUUAACGUGGGCACGCACUACAGCUCCAUUCUCGUAAGCAUCUCAACCUUCUGUUGCCUCCGCUGAGAGAUAGCUGAAGUUUUUCAGAGUUAUUGAAUCCUCCUGAACUGCUCUAAUUGGUUCACGUUUCUCUGAAACAGGCGAGGGGGGCGUGCGCUUCAUUCGUCUUCGGAUUCGUUACUUUCAUGUCGAUCGGAGGGUUCCCCUCUUUCGUGGAAGAUAUGAAGGUUAGCACUGGGACAGACAGCCACUGAUCCCCCGGUAAAACCUAAAUGUCAUUGUCCAGCAACUGACAGCGACAAGCUUCCUCCUCUGCGGUGCAGGUUUUCCAGAGAGAGCGGCUCAACGGGCACUAUGGCGUCCUGGCCUUCGUCAUCAGCAACACCGUCUCUGCCAUGCCGUUCCUGAUGCUGAUCUCCCUCGUCUCCGGAACCAUGUGCUACUACAUGGUGAACCUCCACCCAGGCUUCUCGCACUACAUCUUCUUCGUCCUGGCCCUCUACGCUAGCGUCACCGUCGUCGAGAGCUUGAUGAUGGCCAUCGCCAGCGCUGUCCCGAACUUCCUCAUGGGGAUCAUCAUUGGCGCCGGCCUUCAGGUAAAUCUCCUUCCGUCUUCUUCUCUCAUCGACGUUCCUCUUCCCUGUGCCAUCGAAUUAACUCGACGAUGGGUCAUGGAACAGGGAAUCUUCAUGCUGGUUUCUGGGUACUUCCGGCUCCCCAACGACAUCCCCAAGCCCUUCUGGCGCUACCCGAUGUCGUACAUCAGCUUCCACUACUGGGCUCUGCAGGUGAGAAGGAGCUGGAAGCAACUGAAUUUCCUUCCUCUGCCGCUGCCAUGGCGACCAUCGCUGAAUUUCCCUCUUCUCGUCAUCUGCAGGGGCAAUACCAGAACGACCUGAGCGGCCUGCUCUUCGACAACGACUCGCCAGACAAGUUCAAGAUCCCCGGUGAAUACGUACUCGAGAAGUUCUUCCAGAUCAACACCAACCGGUCCAAGUGGGUGAACCUGAGCGUCCUCUUCAGCAUGAUCAUCGUCUACCGCCUUCUCUUCUUCAUAAUGAUCAAGAUAAGCGAGGACGUCACCCCUUGGGUCAGGGGGUAUAUCGCCAGGCGGCGGUUCCAGCGAAAGAGGACCGGCCCCGGGGAGGUGCCUAUGAACGGCGUCAACCGGACGCUCUCGCUGAGGGAGUACGCCACCGCUCCCGCCGGCGGCAAAUGA